CAUAUAACAGCCUGGUAGCUAGCUUGCUUAAUAUGCUAACGAUAAACGAUGGAUAUAAAUUGUUCUGAUGAAGUGUAUAUGUAUGUUGGUUAUGACUCAAUCCUGUAGUUAUUUCCAGCUGAGAAUGGCUUAUCCCGAUCGCAACUUUGAUCACAUCUGGCGAAUUCAUUUUUUCUUUAUAAUAUAAAAACGAUAUAACGACUGGGUUUCGAUCGGAGUGAAUCAUUUAGUUUAGUUUAGAAUGACAUCACGGAUAAGCCAUAGCCCGUUUUUAUUUUAAUUUAUUUUUGUUGGAUAUUUAGAAUAACUAAAAAAAAUGUGUGUUGUAAAUUGUUUUUUCAUGAGAUGGUCGUUAGAUUAUUUUUAAUUUUUAAAGUUUGUCUUGGCGGACCAACAGUUAACAAGAAGUGCAAGAAGAUCUUAGAAAAGUGGGUACCAUGUCCAGGAUGGGAUGACUGUAAGACAAAAGUUGAAAAUCCAGUCUGUAUUGCAAAAUGUAAAGGAAAUAAAGUGUACUUGAAAGGCAAGGCGCUAAAGAAGAAAAUCACAAUGGAGAUAUUGCUUGAUGCCAUUCACAUCAUCAAAAAGAUCUUGGAAAUUGCAAAGAAAUUCGUUGAAAAAGCAAAAGAAUUGGUCGACUUUGCUGAAAAGGUUGCCGAAAAAAUGGAAGAAGUAGCAGCUUCGGGAAAAGCAGCUUUGGAAGCAAUUGCAAAAUACACUAGAGAAAAUAUAAUCAACAUACAUCAUAUCUGCUUCAAUACAAGCCUUGAAGAAGCCAAGUCUUCAUGUUUUGGAUUAAAAGUUAAUGUCACUUUAGGUGGCAGUAAAAAUUUCAACCUCGACACUAAGGCAUGUUUAGAUGUCAGUUUUGUGAAGAAUAUUGGAAAAGCAAUAGCUGAACAACUGUAUCCUGGCAUAAACACGAUCAAGGAAAAAUUAAAACAAGUUCGAGACUAUAUGAAAGACCAUAAAAGUAAAGAAAGUGAAUUGGAAACAUUGCAAAAUGAAGCAAAAAAGGAUGAAGAAGAGUUGGAAGGUGUUUUAGCCAAAGAGGAUGAAAAUAGUGACGAUGAUUAUGAAGAUGAGGAUAAGGAUGACUCAUCAAAAAAACAUCACAUUGGAAAACCGUUCAAUGAAAAACAUAUCAAACAUCAAAUAUAUGCAGCUCUACCUACAGUUACCAUUCGUGAUGACGUCACGUUGGAUGCUAUGGAAACACGAUCUCCAUGGGCAUUCUCUAAACAAGAUUCGCCAUUUGUAUCUACUAAAGAAUACGAUGAAAAAGUCGAUCAAGAAAACGCAGCAAAUGUUCAAAAGGAAGACAUACCAUUUGAUUUUGACAAUUUAACCGACUCCAACGACGGAAAUUCGUGUCGUAAUUUACAUGGAACAGUGAACUUAUACAAAUCACUAUCAGACUCACUUAAUCUCGUUGCCGGCAAAAUGGAUACAGUUAAAGCAAAAUAUGAAGCGCAGACACGACACUAUAUUGAAGGAUACGUUAAUACAAAAAGAAUGAUCAGUAAAAAAUGUCAAAAAAGCAGGAUGUCGAAGGACCGUACAAUGGACGCAUUGUAUUACGCUGAAAUGUUGAGAAACGGAACGGCUUCGUGGAGAGGCGACGUGAAAUCGCAAAUAGCCAAGCUUGAUGAGAACAUUUUAAGCUUUUGGAAAGAACGCUUGAACGAAGUGACCAAGUCCACUAAGAAAGUCAGUGUCGAACAUCUUAUGAAGAUGCUGACAUCAGCAUCAGAAGUUGUCAGCAAAAGAAACGACAUUCCUCGUAAAUUUGAAGGAAACUUAAAAACCGCAGCGGACAUUGUCAACAAUUUAAUAGACGGGAAACCUAGUCCAUUGAGUGCAAAUCGAGGUCACAUCAAAGAAUUGAAAGAAACCGUAAACGCGAUGAAAUUAUCUCUUCCAUAUAUCGCUUGCGCAGCGUGAAGAAAGUUUGACACAGUUGAUCUUUGAAAAGAGAUCUUUUACUCUUCAACAGUAAAUUUACAUGCAGAAAUAAUAUUCAUGAACGAUCACACGAUGCGCAAUUCCGUGGUAUCCUUCUUUCAUAUGAAUGUUCGUUGUAUAUUAGAUCCUCCGGGAUAUUAUUCAGAGAAACAAAAUAGC